AUGCUUGGAUCUGGCACAUCCAACGCAGGUCAUCCGUUUGACGAGGGGCUGCGGCUCUUAGAGACGCUGGAUACCCCUUCAGAAAGCCCUGAAACGGCGCUACUGCCUCCAAUCCCGGGGGAUGCUGACAGCAGCAGCAGUACACCCAGCCCCAGCCCUAAUAGCGCCAGUCCAGCUGAGCCGAAAGUGCUGAUGAUCCCUGGCAGCCCAGACGCUGACAGCAGCAGGAGCCCCGGAGCUGUCUCUGAUCCAGCCAUUGACACCAGCGGAUCCGCCUACACAUCAGGCCUAGUGCAAGACAAGCCAGCUGCAGCACCACAGGGCACUUUUCCAGCGGUACAGAAUGACACUCCUGCCAGCACUCCACCGGCAGAUCGCAGCCCAACUGCAAAGCCAGAGAAGACAGGAGCUGAUAACGCUGUACAAUCCUCUGAGCCACAGGACACUGCAGCGCUGACCGCGCUGAUCAGCAGAGACCCAAACGUGAAGCUGGGCACGUUUGUGCCGGACGAUGCAUCUGCCUCGCUGACUUGCUCAAUUCCUGAGCUGCUGGCGACAGAUCCAGAAUUGGAGGUGAGCAAGGGCCAGACUCUGCUGGCAGCCGCCAUCAGGGGCCCGCUGAAGGGGAAUUUCUGCCCGGGCAAUACAGGCGCGCCGUUUGUCGGCUGUGCACCGGGUCACUUCUGCCCCACGCCGGGCGAGCAGCACCGGUGCUUCGCGGGGACGUACUGCCCAAGGGGUUCCUCAAGCCCGCUGCCCUGCCCGGCUCUGGCAGUGUGCGCAGCUGGCUCUUCCUUCCCAGCGUUCAAUACGGCGGGGCUGGUGAUCAUGUGCCUUGUGCUGCUGCUGUACGCUGCUGCCUUUUUUGGAGUUGUCCACUUCCAUAAGCAUCAGAAGCGGCUGCGACAGCCAUAUGAAGCGCUCCGGGCGCAGAUGUGGCACCUUCUCAACGACCAGAUACGUGCGACGGAGGGGUUCAGGUUCCAGGGCAUGCAGCCAAUAAGGGACCAUGUGGAGAUCACAUUGAGCGAUCUCUCUGUUUCGCCGCCUGCCAAUGGCUCACCGCUCCUGAAAGGCGUGAGCGGAAGGAUCCAGCACUCGAGGCUGACGGUGAUGCUGGCGCCGCGCGAAUGCGACUUGACUAAUCUGGUCAAGGUUUUGUCGGCGCGCGUCCCCCGGGGCACGAUCCUAUCAGGGUCUGCGAGCGUGGCAGUGGGGGGGAGCUCUGCCAGCCUGGCACAGUGCCGCCGUCUCAUUGGGUUUGCCUCAAAGGUGGUAGCACUAUUCGAUGACCUGACAGUGUCUGAGAAUCUGGAGUACACCGCCAGGCUCAGGCUGCCGACGUCAGUGUCCAGUCAGCAGCGGCGCGCAAUUGUGGAGGACGUGCUCCGGCUGCUGCAUCUUUACGAGAAGAGGGGCGUGAUGUCGCUGCACAAGGGAGCCGCACUGAUGGAAAGCAGCAGCCUUAAUUGGCGGCUGAGCAUGGCUCUGGAGCUUGUUGCCUGCCCUUCCCUCCUUGUGGUGGACUGCGCACCCGACAGCUUGGACCCGUUCCAGUCGGCGCUCUUCCUGGAUUGCCUUAACCUGCUGGCUGGGCUCGGCAUGACGAUCAUCACCACAUAUCUCCCUGGGCAAGCCUACGCGCGGAGUGCGCCAAACGUGGACAUUUUGCUUCUUAGCCGGGAUGGUCUGACAGUGUACAAUGGGCCACUGCGCCUGACGGUCCCCUACUUCCUGUCCAUCGGACUGGGGGGCCUGGGCCGCGGCUGCAGCGACGAUACUCUCCUGGAUAUUGUGUCCAGCCCUGAAGCCAGCACGCCCCUUCUAGACGGCCAGUCGCUGGCGGACGCGUGGGCCGAGCGCGCGACGGAUCCGUGGACGCAGAAGGCGCUGCGACCAAAUGCCGAAGACGCGGCUGGCCGCCCGAUGGAGGCCGCGGCAGAACCGGUGCUGCAUGCGCACUCUUCACAGCGCUUCGACCUCGAGAAGCUUCUGCCGCUCUCUGUUGCUGUGCUGCAGUCCGCCGCCGGCAACCGCGGCCCCGACACUGCUGAAGAGGUCACUGCGCGCACGGAGCUGUGCAGCACGGACGUGCUGGACCUGUUCGCAGCCUUCGGCCUGCCGUGCUCCGCCGCAGCCUCGCCCUGCAUGCUGCUGUCCGCCAGCUCAGCGUGGUCCACGCGGCCCUGCGCACCGUUUCCUCCGCAGGACUCAGCCAAGGAGGACCUGUCUCACGCGGCGUCCCAACCUGCGGCCGGCGCGGCAGUGACACUGGUGCACUUUGUCACGUGGCUCGUGCAGCAGGCGGCCGUGCGCCGCGCUAGAGCCCGGGAGCACAGCGCAGCGCAGCGCGGCGGCGGCCAAAGACAAGGUUGGCCGGGGGCGCUGCCUUCCUUGCGCGUUGGCGGCAACGGGGGUGAGGGCCAGCUGAGCAGUGAGCAGGACGGGGGUGGAAUUGAAAUAGAAAUGAUGCCGCGGCAGAUGUUCAUGUCAAUUGACAUCGAGAACGACGCCCUGGGCCACGAGGCCGAUCCGGAGGAAAUUGACGCAGCUGAGCCGCGGGCCAGCUCUACUAAAAGGCUCUUGACAACUUUCAACCGCGAGGGGUCCAAGGAGCUUCAGCUCCCAACGGCAGAAGAGGCACACAUGGUGCGCAAUGGCAGCCUGUCACGAGCAUCAAUGGGCGCUCGCGGCUCCAUAGAGCUGGCACGGUCGGACGCGGCAUCAGUGGCGGCCGACGGCGGCGGCCGGGAGCCAGUGCCCCUCAGGGAGCGCAGCUGGGGGGACCGCUCCUCCGGCGGUGGUGGCAGCGGUGGUGGCCUGGGGGAGGACCCGGGGGACCCCGAGUCCCCCGGCCCGCGGCCGCCAAGACGGCCGCGCAGCAUAUGCGUGAUGAUGUCCCAAUGCUUCAAGGGGUCGGGCGUGGGCUGCCGGAAGGGCGAGCAAGCGGAGCUCGUAGAGAAGAAGUACCGGCGCAGGAGAGCGCCCAGCUGCCUCCAUCAAACCGUGUACUGCAUACAGCGGGCCGCGCUACAGUGGAGGCGCCAUCUUGGAAGCCUCACGAACUCGUUGGUGCUCGCUGCAUCCGUGGCAUUCGCAGUGGGGCUGCUCUGCGCGAGCUCGCUGGACAUUAGUAAUACGCCGGCUGUUCUGCUGCGGUGUGUGCUGGCGCUCGCACUGUGCUGCGCUCCAUGGGCCUUGCAGCCCUUCUCAGCCGCCCGGCGCCACCUGGCACACCAGGAUCUUGGAUGCCUGUACACGCUCGCGUUCUAUAUUGGCACGGCGUUGGUCGAUCUCAUCAAUGUCAUGAUCCGGCCACUCGCCUUUGGUGGCGUCCUCCUGUGGGUGCUGCCCCUCCAGGGAGGGUACGAUUGGUAUUCGUUAUCCUUCUUCCUCGUGUCGCUGUACACGGCGAAUGCCGGCUAUGCAGCCGCCGCGCAUCUGCGGCAGAGGACUGCCACAGCCGUGCUGCUGGGCGCUAUCUUGGUGGUGGGACUGCUCUUAUCUGGCGCAGUUGCCCCGACCGCUCGCUCUCUCUACCGCACCGCCCGGCCCCUUCACUACCUGCCAGGCCUGAGCUUCAGCAGGUGGUCUGUUGAGAUGGCUACAAUAGUGGAGUACGCCGCCGUGCCCUGGCACAAGCAGCACCUCGCUCUCUUCAAGCUUGCCCAAACAGGCUUCUGUGGAAUGGACAGGCCGGCGCUGGCGGUGCGGCUGGACACGGGCGAUGACGUGGCGGCACAUGUGGCGGCCGCACUCAACCCGGCCGCGCUUGCCGCCGACCCCCUGUCUUCAAUAUUCGACAUUCUCAGCAGCGCCGCGCCGCAGCUCGGCCCCCAGCUGGCGAUGGGCCUCCAGUGCGUGCUACAGAGCGCGACUCAAAAAGGCGCAACCGCGGAAGCCAAGUGCGUGCUGCAGACCUGCCAUGCAGCAUUGGACGCGGAUGUCCGCAACAUGUUUCUGCUCACGCUGUCUCUGGUGGUUCUGGCGCUAUUCGGCCUGCGGCGAGGAUUCCAGGCCAUUUCUGCAGCCUUGAAGUGGGCUGCACUCGCUCUUACACAGAAGUGGAGCCGGAUCAAUGUGAAGGAGGGCUUGCAGCACAUGCCUCGUCUGAAGCUGCCGGUCAAGGGCUCAAGGAAAGCGAAGUCAUGA